AUGACAAUGAGAAGAGCACAAGAGGGAAAGGACCGAGAUAAGCCGGUCUCCUCGCUUAGCCUUGCAGAUAUGGUGAGAAUGAGGAAGAAGAGGGCUCUUUGGCUGGUUGUGAGCAUGCUCAGUGUGUCCCUGGUCGUUGUGGCUCUCGGCAUUUACACUAGUACUCGGACAGAGAGUGUCAGCAUCACUGGAUACACUUCUGGAGUUAUUCUUGUUGCAGCCAUCGUGUUCCUGAGCUUCGGGAUCGUGGCCAGUUUCCUGUGUCUGGUGGUGGACGGCGUCUUUAUCCUGCUCAACAUUGAUAUUCGUCCUCUGAAAGCUGGGAGAUGCCAGUUCUACACCAGUGGUAACAGUUAUAUUUAUGAAAACUAUUAUGCCUCGGUGCCGUGUCAGGGCCUGGUGGAGUCCUGCAGUAUGAAGGUUCGCAGUGGGACUUGCUACUGCUGUGAUUUAUACAACUGUGCUAAUGGGGGUUACCUGAAUAACUACUACGAGUUUGUCGGAGUUCGGAGCUGCCAGGAGGUCCUCUCUCUAUACGUGUUCAUCUGGUUGCUCACCUCACUCAAUCUGUUCGCGUUUGUUCUGGCAAUCCUCACCACAGCCGUUCUGGGAAGCAUCAAGGACCUGAAGAGCUGCACUCCUGAUGUUUCCUCAUGGGGGGGGUUUCCUCCAUCUCUUGUGUCCAGUGAGGGUGAGAACAUCUCAACUGGCAGGGUUCCAUCUCCCACUGCCCCCAUGCUAAUGGACCACAACACACACGCAGGACCUGAACUCUAUCCAAGGGCCUCACUGUAUUUUACAGCAGCUGCAGGAGCGAGUGCUUCCCAGCCCUGUCCAUCACAGAUGUCCAACGCAAACUCCAAUCCUCCUGCCUUUGCCCCUCUCUACUAA